AAGAAGCCGGUGGUGGAAAAGCAGCCGGAGGAACCCCAAAACGGCGCCAGUGCCACCAAGGAAAACCCCAAAAGGUUUGAGAGAGGGGAAAAUCCCAGCGCUGCUGGAUGGGUUACGCCGCCCUGCCGUCUUUGGUGGGGAAAAGGGGGAUUUUUGAGCGCUCUCCCCAUCCCAUCAACAAGAGAAGGAAAGUGGAUUUGCCUUUGCUUUGCCCUCAGGAUCUUUGUUGCGGAUUUAAAGGUGUUUUGCAGUGGUUGGCCACGGUUAUUAUUUGCUUCUCAUCUACCCAUAACGAUCCGGCUGGGGAAAUUUGGCCGGGAGGGGAGGACGUCGUGGACGCGAUGGCUUUCUUCCUCAAACCACGGCCGCGCACAUGGGAUCUUGCCCUGGACUACCACGCGGCAAAGCAGUUCGAAGGUAACCAAAGGCGGCCGGAGAGGAGCAAAGUACCGAUUCCUGAUGUUUUCUGGGCUGCAUCAAGUGAGAUGUCCAUCGGAGCUGGAGAUCCUCCAGCUCCACCUUCUGUCUCCCUGGCUCCUCCAUCUCCGACCUCCAUCUCUUGGCUCUUCCAUGGGCAACCCUGCCUGGAGAUCCUCCACCUCUCUCCGACCUCCAUCUCCGGCUUCCAUCUCUUGGCUCCUCCAUCUCCAACCUGGCCUGGAGAUCCUCCAUUUCCAACCUCCAUCUCUUGGCUCAUUCAUGUCCAACCUGGCCUGGAGAUCCUUCAUCUCCAACCUCCAUCUCUUGGCUCAUUCAUGUCCAACCUGGCCUGGAGAUCCUCCAUUUCCAACCUCCAUCUCUUGGCUCAUUCAUGUCCAACCUGGCCUGGAGAUCCUUCAUCUCCAACCUCCAUCUCUUCGCUCUUCCAUCUCCAGCCUCACCACUCUUCUCCCUUUCUCCUUGAAAAGCCACCAGUGAAGGGGAUUUUUGGGGUGUGCGUCCUCUGCGCUGAAGUUUGGCUUCCGAUCCCUUCUCUGUUUUACUCUCCAGUGGAUGUGACCCUGGAUCCGGCCACGGCGGGUCCCGAGGUGAUCCUCUCUGAGGACCUCAAAGUGGCCACCUGGGGUAGACCUGGACGCCGGUGGCCUGAGGGUCCAGGCCGGUUCGACACGGAUCCGUGCAUGUUGGGCAGCGAGGGCUUCACCUCGGGCCGUCACUACUGGGAGGUGGAGGCCAACGGGCGCUUCUGGGCCGUUGGGGUGGCCCGCGAGUCGGUUCAGAGGAAAGGCCGGGUCCUCUUUAAACCCAACACCGAGAUUUGGGGCUUGCAGAAGUACGACGAGCUCUGCGUGGCCCUGACGGCUCCUUCCAAUACCUCCGUCCCGCUCCUCAACGGGGAGAUCGGGGUCUACCUGGACUACGAGGUGGGACAGGUCUCCUUCUACGCCGUCGGCAGCCGCCAACGCAUCUUCACCUUCCCCGUGGCCUCCUUCAGCGGAGAGAGGGUCUUCCCCUACUUCUGCGUGCUCCUCUCCACGAUCAAACUGUCCCCCAAGGGUUGAUGCGCCGGCGGGGUCCCCCCAAAGCCGGUUGCUCCACGGUGGUUGGAAACGCUCCUUGAUGUUCCUCAGCUCUUAUUUUCCAGGUCUUGGAGUCAUUUCCACCUCAGCUUAUGGUCCUGCAUCUUAGAUGUCUCCAUUUUGGGUGAUAUCCAGGGGGUUUCGGGUCCGAGCUCGGCGCGGCUCAUCUCAUCUGAAAGCCGCUGUUGUUAAAUUCACCCGAAGCUCAUUAAUGGGAGCUGGGCUUCACCGUGCUGGUUUUGAGCUGAAAACUUGGUUUUUCCUCUCAAACUCAGCCCCCUCUGAAGGUUUCUUUUACUGAGCUCGAUGCCCGUCACCGGCCGGGCUUCCAACCCAAAUUAAAAAUUUUAAUUUUUGCAGGCUUGGAGUUAAUACCAGCCGCUACCUCGGUUUAAAACUGAUUUUGUCAUCACGAGGAUGAGCUCGCGCUCGCUUCCCCCCCCAUUUUCUUCUGCUGCUCCCCACGCUCAAGGAGGUAUUUCCGAGUAAUUAAUGUGUGAUUGAUUAUAAAUGUGCUUCGAAUAUAAUAAAUACUUUUCUUUUUU